CCGUCGACGACGGCCCUGAAACACCACGCUCUCUUCGGCGUGGACGUUCUCUACCGAUCAGCGAGUUCCCACUGACCCACGCCACGCCGACGAGAACGGAAGCACAAAGAGACCAAGAUAGAGACAGAGACAGAAAAGAGACUGAGUCGACCCCCCCCCGCGAGCGGCACACAUGCACGACCGGAGCAACCCUUUGUUCGAGACCACCGACACUGGUUGCCACGUAGCCGGGACGGGACUACCGAGGCUAGAGGCGGCGGCAAGGUCGGGGGCGAGAUCUCGACGAGGCUCUCUUCUCGACGGUUGGGGGUGGGACAUGAUUAGGCAGCGGCCGCGACAGCGACCCCGGGUGGGAGACUCGAGGGGGCCUCGGUGA